AUGUCGUUGCCAUCGCAACCGGUGAAGUUCUUCUUCGAGUUAACGUUUUUCUUGUUGGUCUUGUUGGUGCCGGGAAUUUUGUGGGGCUGCCUGAAAAACUUUUUCCCCGCUAAGCGAAAGUCCAUCAAAGGACAAAUCGUCCUGGUGAGUAGUCGACUUCGAAUUAUACUAUCUAUAACACCUAUAUAUUAUAUAAUUUUACAGAUAAGUUAUAAUAUAGUAAUCAUCGUUUUUAUUGCACGCAUGGUUAUCUUUAAUAUCAUUAAUGUGUAGGUACACUAUUUUACUGGCGGUACCUAUUAUAAGUUUAAAUUCCGAACGCAGCGAGUAGUGUACUGUUAACUUUUCCAUCAGCAAUGUUUCUCCAAAUGUACCAUAUUUUUGAAAGUGAUUUGCACCCAGUUGGUUGCACUGAGGUUUAGGUCUGCAUUUGCUGAUAUCGUUUGAAGUUUUCGUAAUAAUUGGGAAAAAGUAUGAAAAACAGGAAAGUUUACGGUGAAAACGAUUUCGUUCGUUUUGAUUUUGUUUGUUUUUGUAAUUCUGUUAAAAAUAAUCGUAGUGACCUGAGUUACAUAACACAGAACACUUUUAUGUUAGUAUUUUCUAGACGCGGUCAAAAUUGUAAAAUACUGGCGAUUUUUGAACUAUUUAUAGCAUUUUAAUCGUAAAAAUCACGAAAUUUUAAAACAUGAUCAACCAAACUUCGCUCAAAAUCGUAUUUCGUAUUUAUCAUCGCAUACAAAUAUAAAAAUUAAAAUAACUUGAUAACAAUAAAUUGGUAUCUAAUCAAUAUAUUUUAUAAACAAAUUGCAUUUAAUACGAAUACUUUUUUUAAAUAAAUACAAAAAAAAAUAAAUAUGUAGAUCACUGUUGUUUUUUUUUUUUGAACUUGGUUUCUAAUAAUUUUUACCUUGAGCGCCUAAGGCAUAUUUCCUAUUUGUACCCUUCAUGUAGACUACAGGACAAAGGAUUAACUACUAUAACAUUUGUAUAAAAGAUCGACUCUGCAUAGAGUGUACAAUAUCGUGUAUACAAUACAUUCAAACGGGAUUUAUAAUUACAUAUUGAUUAGGAAUUCCGGGAGUGGUGGCAGGAAUUGGCAGGAAUAGAGCACCAGUUAUUGGCGUUGGAAAUAGUUGAAAAUUUGAAAUGGGGUAGGGACAUAUAGUGUAAAUAUGAACAUAUGAACAAUUUUAAAAAGUUGAUAAUCAUGAGAAUUUUAUAAUUUUUCAUAUUGAUUUCUUAUCAAAUAAAUUCCUUUGAUAUUAUGAAGUUAUACCUAGUAUAUUUAACCUCCAUAAAUAUAUUUAAAACUAUGUACUUAUAUUAUCAUGUACCUAUUUUAAUUUUAUUUUGGUACAAAUCUAUCGAACAUAAUAUAAGAUGUCCACAAUAAAAAAUAAAUUUAUUUCAGUAAUAAAUGUACAUUUUUAUUUAUUAUUGAAAAUGUUGUAUUGUUACUUCAGUAUAAAUGUUGAUUCGUUAAUUGUGUUAACAUUGUUUUACUGUUUAUUAAUUUUUCUAUUUUUCUUAUUAAUUUUUUUGUUAUUUUCACAAUUAUUCACUAAAUACUUUUUAUGAGUAGAUAUCCGUUAUUAUAAGUAGGUACUAUUAUAAUAAUUACAAAAUUACAUUUUAAUACGAGUCACAACUAUUUAUAAAUUAUAAUUGAUAUUCAUAGUCGUUUAAUUUAUAUUUAAAAAAUAAAAAUUUAACUUUAUAACAAUUUUGAAGAAAAAAAAAUAACAACAUGGUUAUACAUUCUGGUUACAUUCGCCACGCUUUUUCGUAACGCGUGUAAUAAAAUAGACAUUUUUUUAAAAUUUAUAUUAGAUUCAAGUAUUGAUAAACAACAAUAUAAAUAACUGCGGUGUAACGAUACUCAUCAAACAACCUCAACAAUUAUAUUACGUUAAGAAAAUUACAUUAAAAUUCAAAUUUUCAAAGAAAGUUGAAAAUUUCAGUAGAGAAAAAAAAUGUUGGAUUUAUUGGAAAUUGUCAAACUUACAUCUCUAUCUAUAUCAUACAAUGUUCAAAUAACAUAAGAAUUAUAGCGGAAUAAAUUGUCGGUUUUUUUUUUUUCCCCCACCAGAUCACUGGCGCCGCCCGAGGGUUGGGCCGUGAAAUCGCGUUUCGGUUCGCCGAGUUGGGUGCGAAAACCGUGUGCGUGGACGUGGACGGACGGGGCAACGACGACACGGCACGGGCGAUCAGGGAGACCGGAGGCGCCGCCGCCAGCUACGAAUGCGACGUUACUAAAACGGAAAACAUAAAAACUUUGCACGAACGCGUCAGAAACGACGUGGGUCCGGUAGACGUGCUGAUUAACAACGCCGGCAUCGUGUGGGGCCACCUGUACGUCGACCCAGCCAAGGAUCAAUUCAUCGUCGAUCAAAUGAACGUGAACCUUAUGGCACAGAUCUGGGUGGGUGUUGACGCGUCCGGUCGCCGGACACAAACCGUCGGCAACAUUUUUAUUAACAAUAUUAAUUCACUGUUGUGCGGCGUGGUAUAGGCAAUUUAUUUUUCGGGUCGUCGAGCGCGGUUCGCGGUUUUUAGAAGCCCGGUCACUAGUCUGAAGUGUUUAAAGCGAAUCAUCGUUCCCAGAGCGUUUAUACCUUAUCCGUGUUGAUUAGAUUCGAACGGCGUAAUUCGUUUGUUCUUCUCGGAAAUGCGUUUUUAUUCUACAAUGAUUUCACGGCGAUACAUAUUCUGAAUUUACUGAAUUUUCAAAACGCGACGCGCACUGAACGAACGAGGAGGAACCGAACGGAUUUCUUUGUGUACUCAAGGACGAAAAGUCGAACCGAGAACUGAACGCGUUUUUCGAUCACCCGGUUACCUGAACCGGUAAACAAUUAAAAACUACGUUUACCGUCUUCGGUUACCGGUUUCACUCGAUCCGUUGAUCAAACACUGUACUGGCGAGCAAAACGCUUUGGCGGUAUUGUGUCAACUGCCGACAAUUAGCAAACAAUGUAGCAGACCGUUCGCUGAAAACCGCAUCGCCAAACUACGUCUAUCAGUACUAAACGUUAAAAAAUGCCAAACGAGCGUAGUACAAAUUUAAAUCGUACGGUGUUCGUUAGCAAUAUUUUCGAAAUUCGCAUAUACCGUUAAUUCGUACGUCGCACGUGGCACAAACACGUCAAGACGUUUAGAUUUUAAAAUAUGAUAAGAGGUUGUGAAACCCGCGGGCGCUGCCUCCUUACAAAACGCACUGCACUCGAAAUUUACGUUCGAUAGAAACAACUGUGUAGUGUUUUUUUUUUUUUUUAUUUUAAUAUUAAAAUAAAUCGACCCAAUAUCAAACUUAUAGAUAAAAACAUUAGGUGUGCAACGGUGGCGCUGUUUGUUCGAUAUUUGAAUUUUCAAACGAGAUACAAGCGUUAUUAAAUUGUGAUAUUUCACAAAUACUCAAAUUACCCAAACACUGCUGAAAUAUAAUAUUCUUCAAUAUUCACCAAAUAAAACGUGCCCAAUUCAAUUUAUCCAUAAAUAAAUUCCCGCUCCGGGCGGAGUCAAUAUCGUAGAGCAAAUAUUUGCCGACUCGAUCGAGAACAAUCGAUAACAAAAUACUUUGAACAGUAGUGCAUACGUAUUAUAUUAUUGCACUCACAUUUGUUAAAAGUACGUCGUUUAAAGAUAAUUAGGUUUUUAAUUUUUUUUUGUGAUAUUGAGAAAAUAAAUCACCGGAAAAUAAAAGUUCGGGGAACGUGUCACUGGAAAACGAACAGUCGGGAAAACAGACUUAUGUCUAUUGACUACCGAGAGGUUGUUUGAAUCCGCGUUGAGAAAAAAAAAACUCCCGUGGAUCGCUAUUUACAUAUCGAUGUGUUUACGGUGUGCGGGACAGUAGUAUAUACAUUUCGAAAAUAUUAUUAUUAAUGAUAAUAAUAAUUAUUAUUAAUAGCUUCGUCGAUAAUCGUCGGUUCCAUUUUAAAAUAAUCACGCUGUACAACGAAUCAAAGAACUGUUAAAACAAUAGGAAUAAAAUUUAACGACGUCGUUAUAGUAUAAUGUUGUAUUGUCGAUUGUGCAGAUGAACCGAGAAAUACUCCCGUCGAUGCUGGAGAGAAACAGCGGGCAUAUCGUGGCCAUAUCCUCGUUGUCGUCGAUGGCCGGCGUGUCUGGAUUUUCUACGUACACGAUUACGAAAUGGGGAACCAGCGGUAAAAAAAAAAAAUAAAGAAACUAUUCGAUAACCAAUGUCUCUCGUGUAAUAUAAUAGAUAAAUCGUACAGUAAAAUCCCUUAGUGCGUGUCGUCAGACUAACGAUCGCGGAAAUUUACCACAGCGAAACGUUUCUCUUUUGGUUGUACAGUGUACACAAUUAACAGAAUACAAUAAAAUUGUCCUUGUUCUAUUCGAGAGACAUUAUUACAUUUACCUAUACGUUUGAAAAGGUCAUGAAUACAUUAGAAACUUGUUUCGCUCGCCUAUAUAGGUACCUAAACAUAUGGUAUUGAAGAGGUAUUGUAAUGCUGAAAGGUAUCGUUUUAUAAUAAAUCAUUAGGUAGUUAUAUUUUCACGUUUAUACUGAAGCGUUCUUAUUUGGUACCACAAAACCUAUUUUUUAUCCAUCCGUAAUAUUUAAAUGUAAACGUAAAACGUGUCCACAGGCUAGAAAAAAUAAUUAAUAACAAACAGCAUUGUAAAACCGAAAGCUCCAUCGCUACACUCGGAAUCUAAAAGUCAGUGAACACCAUUGUCCAGUGACCCAUUUAGUAACUAAAACGGUGUUUCUCUAUUCGUUUUAUAAUAUGCUGCAAUCGAUAAGUUAUCGUAUCAGAUUAAAAAUUAUAUGAAUACAAUACAUUUAUUACAAUUGAGAGCUCGGUGUAAUAAUGUCGAUUUAUCAAAACCCUACGAAAAAUAUUAAAGGUCCGCACAAGAAAAUUACUAUAAAAACCUCUUUAAAUGUAUUAUUUAUACCUGCUGGUCUAAAUAAAUAAUGGAUGACUUUCCUCGUACGAAAACGUCAAGUAAUAAUAUUUAUACUAACUGCGACAUUAUACGAUUUACUAACUGAAAUACAAUAUAAAAUAUUCGCAUUGUGUUUCACAUUUCCACCAAAUAUUUAUUUUUUUUUUUUUAAAUACCUUUAAUAUUAAAUGCAUAAACGUUCAAUCGAGAUUUUUCAAACAAUUUCAAUAAAAGUCCAAAAGGUCCAAAAGGUUUGUAUUUAAUCGUUUUCAACGACGGUAUUAAAUAAUAUUAUCGCUCGUACAUAAUGAAUGUGUAUAAACGAAAAGUUUCAACGUUCAACAGUUCUAUACAAAUAAUACUGCAAUAUGCAAAAUCUGCAAAAGUAUUAAUCAGUAACGUUCGUUUACAAUAAGCUGUUUUUUAAUUCCGUCGGACAAAAAAAUUUAUUGGCCAUUUUCCAGCAUUUUAUUUUUAACAACUGAGGAACUCGAAGUAAUAGAAAUUAAUUUUCACAUCCGUCGUUUAUUUCGACUUUUUAUCUAUUACAUUCGUAUUAUAACGCCCCCGGGACGAGACUUUCUUCCGACAACGGCUCGAAAGACUGCAACAGCUCAUCGCUUUUAUUUCUAUACACGCAUACAGAAUCCGAUAAGAUAAUUAUUAGAUUUUAGUUUAACCAUUUUCGGUUUCACGCGCGAUUUAAUAUUACGUUUCCGUGACGCUACAGGUAUGAUGGAAUGUUUGCACAACGAGUUGAAAGAAUUCAAUUCCGCGGUGAAGACGACAAACGUAUUGCCGUACUUUGUGGAGACCAACCCGAAAUUUUCGGCGAAAUUACAUCUCAGGUAUACGAAAAAUGUCCGAGCUCCGUAACGUACGCGCCUAAUAUAAAUAACAUCUGUCCGUAUAAUACGCGGUACGUCAUUCCUUUAAACGUCCCCCUCCCCCCGGCGCCGUCGCGGACGAUAUAUCGCGAAAGUAAAUUAACAAACGGGGACGACAUAAUAUACGUACGGUAAUGUGUGUGUGUGUGUGUGUGUGUGUGUGUGUUUAGAAUUCCGGAACUAUCGAAAACCGCAGCGGCUCGCGAUAUCGUAAACGGAAUCCUGGAAGAAAAAAGACAGUUCUCGGUUCCCGGUUACAUGUUCACGUUGAUCGCGCUCAUGAGGUACGUAUUAAAACAAAACAAAAAAACAAAAACAAAAAAAAACAUCGCGUUUCGGACAUCCACAAAUUAUACGCGCAAAACGUUUUUUUUUUUUUUUUUUCUUUAUCGGUAUUGAAAUAUUGUUUUUAUUGUUUCACUUGCAGAUGUUUGCCCGACAGCGUACAGACGUUAAUAAACAAUAUAUUUUACGUGAGAUUAGUGCCGGACGCUACGGACCAAUUGAUUUUAAACAAAUACUGCAAGAAUCGGAAUACCGAACGAAAAUAGUAUUAUUGUCUAUUGUACCACGCGAUUCGUUUUGGCGAGUGCACUCGAUAUUUCGAAAUGUAUCGACUUCUGUCAUACACGUUUGUACUAUUUUUGGUCAACCUUAAUUUCGGGGACGGAACGACUGCUGAUUUUCCAACGGCCGUCUACAUUAAAGUUUCCGCACAUAUGACGCUCCACUAUAAACCGCAUUAUACUAUACUAUUGAUAGCAUUUUUUUUUUUUUACGUACAGAUUGCCAUUUGAAAACCGAAAAUAAAAGCGAAAACAAAUUAAUUUAACAUUUUAGAGUCCCUCGUUUUUUUUAAAAAAAAAAAAAAAAUUUUAAAGUCAAUAAUUUUCGAAGUAUUGAUUGUAGUCAAACGAACGGAUCGUCCUGUACGGGUUUAUUAUAAUUUUUCUAUUAUUCUCGGUAUCGUAUUAAUGUACAGUUUUAACGUUGUUUACUUGGGCGAGGGGAUUCAUCGAUUCCACAGACGUUUUUUUUUUUUUUUUUUUUUUUUUUUUUUUUCAGUUUUUUUAUCAGAAGAAAAGUUACAUAGACAUCCGGGGGAUCCGGGGAGAGGGCACAUGGAACACGUGCCUCCGUUGUCGACGGACUACUGU